CGGAUACAGAGACCACAUUCAGUUCAAGUUUAUCAAGAGUCGAACACGUGUCUAGACGGGUGCCAGACAGUUAUUUCUGCACUCGAAUAUUUUCAUUCUGAUCAAUUAUUUUGUGAAUUAAGUAUAUAUUGACCUUCUGAAGCGACGAUGAAAUACAUUUUGGUGACCGGAGGUGUGAUAAGUGGAAUAGGAAAAGGCGUCAUAUCCAGUUCUUUUGGAACAAUACUGAAAAAUUGUGGAAUUCAUGUUACCUCAAUUAAAAUAGACCCUUAUAUCAAUAUUGACGCUGGUACUUUUUCGCCUUAUGAACACGGUGAAGUAUACGUUCUUGACGAUGGUGGAGAAGUAGAUCUCGAUUUAGGGAACUAUGAAAGAUUUUUGGAUGUUACGUUACACAAAAGUAACAAUAUUACGACUGGGAAAAUCUAUGAGUCGGUCAUUCAAAAGGAGAGAAGGGGCGAAUUUUUGGGCAAAACUGUGCAAGUUGUUCCACAUAUAACCGAUGCAAUCCAAGAAUGGGUAGAAAGGGUGGCUAGCCAAUCAGUAUCAGAAGAUGGCAACACACCAGAGGUUUGCAUUAUCGAACUCGGCGGAACCAUUGGAGACAUCGACGGCAUGGCCUUUGUGGAAGCCUUCAGACAAUUUCAAUUUCGAGUGAAAAGGGAGAAUUUCUGCUGUGCUCAUGUGUCUCUCGUGCCACAACCAAGAUCUACAGGGGAACACAAAACCAAACCGACGCAGACUGGAGUUCGAGAUUUACGUGGUUUUGGUUUAUCGCCAGAUUUGAUUAUAUGUCGUUCUGAAAAGCCUGUAGGCGAAGAAAUCAAGGAAAAAAUUUCGAACUUUUGCCACGUUCCACCUGAGCAGGUUUUAGCAAUUCAUGAUCUUCCGUCGAUCUAUCAAGUUCCUCUUCUAAUGGAAAGUCAAGGUGUCGUGCCUUUCCUUAUUGACAGAUUGCAAUUGAAUAUUCGACUUCCAAGUCCUCGUAAUUUUAUGCGCAAAUGGCGUGAUCUUGCUUAUCGCGUUGAACAUCUCCGAAAAGAAGUUACAAUCUCUUUAGUCGGAAAGUACACAAAAUUGCAAGAUUCGUACGCAUCUGUAACAAAAUCAUUGCAACAUGCUUCUAUACAUCUGGGCUACAAGUUGAAAUUAAAGUACAUUGAUGCCUGCAAUUUAGAAGAAGAGACGAAACAGUCAACCCCUGUAAUAUUCUAUGAAGCAUGGCAAGAAUUGUGCAAAAGCGACGGUGUGAUAGUGCCAGGCGGUUUUGGAAAAAGGGGAAUAGAGGGAAAAAUAGAAGCGUGUAAAUGGUGUAGGUUGAACAACAAACCCUUCCUUGGGAUAUGUUUGGGAAUGCAAACUGCAGUCAUCGAAUUCGGAAGAAACGUGUUGAAUCUGAGCAAUGCGAACAGUACUGAAUUUGAUAGCGAGACUGAAAAUCCACUUGUUAUCGAUAUGCCAGAACACAAUCAAGGACAAAUGGGGGGAACUAUGCGAUUAGGAAAAAGGACAACUAUUUUCACGGAAGGAGAAUCUGCGAUAAAGCAAUUGUAUGGUAACAAAGACAGCGUGGAAGAGAGACAUCGUCACAGAUACGAAGUCAAUCCGAAAUUUGUAACAGCUCUAGAAGCCGCAGGCAUGAAGUUUGUCGGACACGACGAAAAAUUAGAGAGGAUGGAAAUUAUCGAACUGGAAGGUCACCCUUACUACGUGGCGACACAGUAUCAUCCAGAAUAUUUGUCAAGGCCGCUAAAGCCCUCUCCGCCGUUUUUAGGAUUAAUUCUGGCCAGUGUGGGAAAAUUGGAAUCCUAUUUGUCUAAGGACACUCGUAAAGCUUCUCCAGAGAUUAUAAGCGACAAUGAUUCAGGUUCAAAACGAACUUCAAAACUUAAAACUCAUCUUUUAUCAAUUCCAUUUAUGGACAGAUUUCCUUUCACUAUGCUUUAAGGGUCGCUUUUCUUGUUAUGCAGAUAUUUAUUGUAUAUUUUUUCCUCUUUAUUUACUGCAAAACGAAAAAAUAGACAAAAGAAAAUGCAAUGAAUUAUUUAGAAGGAAUUUAUUUUGACAUUUAUGGUUCUAUAUUUUACAGCCGUUGAAUUCGAGAACAAUUCCACAUUGGAGAACAGUAUGACGGUAACAGUAUGACGGUAAUAUUUUAAGAGACUGAAUAAACAUUUUUUUUUAAGUAUAAUUAAUAAUUAUG